AUGGCUUCAACUAGCCAAGCUAUCGUCAAGCCUCCCAACUGGCUGGACGAAGAUCGGCUUCCGGCCGAGGUCAAGCUUAUCAUUCUCGAACACAUCACCAGUCAUCGUGACCUACUUUCGCUUAUCGAAGCCUACCCUGAGUGGGUGCUCCCCUUGUGGAAGGACUACCCAUCUCAACUAGCGCCACGUGCCUGGGAUAAUGUGUUGGAUGAUAUCGACGGAGACUUGAUCCCUGAAACAAUUUGGGUAUAUCACAUACGAAAGAUAAGGAAGGACUAUGCCACUUCCAUGGGGUCUUCUCAUGAAACGCAGCAGGACAGGGACAGGUUGGAGAGUGACCUGCGCGAAAUCCUUAGCAUGUCCGACAACCCCCUGCCAGAAGUCGAAGCAAGCCUUGAUACAAUUUAUGAUCUCGCAGAGGUUGUUCGGGAUGUCCAUUCGUUGACUUACCGUUAUUCGAACGACGCCUGGAAAAGAAUCCACCACAUUGAGGAGCAGACCAGAACGGGUCCAAUCCCCCCCACGGCCCACAGCACCCCGCCCGCGAUCCAACUCACACGGAUAGAACGGUUCAGGUUCGCCCGCGCAUUCCUCAGGGUCGAAAUCUACCUUCUUACCAAGUACUGGACAAAUGCUCAAGGCGAGCGUCACAUCCUCGACAUGGGUGCGGACAUCGAGCCCUUCAUUCCCCACAGCCAGGACGAAGGCGAGAGGGGUGAAUUCGACUCGUGUCUGCGAUACAUGUUCCACGCCUACCGACGACACCUGAAGAUGACAGCGAAGGAGCUGGGUGCCCCGGAGCUACCGACCAGAGACGACCUUCCGUGGGUCCGGGAAGACGAGGGAAACGAUGAGUACCAGUUCAAAGACUAUCCGACAUUUACGACAGACGACCCAGUCCUGAAUUUCGCACAAAGAUCCAUCUCGGAAGAACAAUGCUUCCUGCUCUGGCUCUGCGAGUUCGGAAUUGGCCCCCUGGAGCAAACCCACCAGGCCGAAGCCAGCAAGCGCCGUGACGAGCUCAUACGGUGUUUCGGCGAGCGACACGCCUGGGAGACGGUCGAGCUGCGCCACAGGUUCUCCAGAUACGACUACUGUGUUGACCAACCGCUUUCCAGUCUCUGUGCUCAUAACGGUCUCGACAACUACGCCUUGGACCGCAACAGGCAUCCUGUCAUGAGCCUGUAUGGAUGGGACAGACACCAGAGGUAUGCCGACGUCUCAUCAAGGUGGGCGUGCGCCACGGCGUUCCUGGUUUGGUUUCUGGAAAGGCCAGAGUACGAGGUGAUUCAAACAAGGGGCGACGUCACACUCAACGAGCGUGGCCGCUGGAUCACGCUGUCAGACACGGACUCGGGGUCGGGCAGCUGGAACCCCUUUUGCCUCAAGGACAGGAUACACGAUGGUGUUCCUCACGGCCACCCAUACAUGUUCACCCACGAAAAGUACGAGUUCCGCUCCCAACCGAAGAGGGUGUUCCUUAUUGUUCCCCGAUAG